AUCAAUUCUAUGAUAGUUUUAUCUGCACAGAAAAGCACCAGCUGCCAGAGUUAUGGACAGAAGUACAUAAAGCAGAUCCACUCUGAAGAAGAAAUUCGAAAGCAAAAGGCAUAAAUUGUUCUGCAGACUCCACUUGUAAAGGAUAAUAUGGCUGGGAGAGGUGUCUGCCUUCAGAAAUCAUGGCCCAAUGCCAAAUGUCUGUUUUGGUUCCUUCCCCACUGCUCUUGUGGACCCUUUUGCUGGCAGUGACAGAAUCAGCCACAGAGAUUACUUCACAUCUGCCCUGGAGGCCUGGUCAUUUCCAUUUUCUGUGAAUGCUUCAUGCAUGGGAGCUGCUCCAAGCCAUGUGUUACAUUGAUGCUCAGAGUGACUCUACCAGAGCACACCUUUAAAAUUUAGGUAUAAAAGUUACCUGAAUCUAGAAGACAGGAAUCUAUUCUGAAAUGGGAAGGUGGCUCCUGUUUCUGAGAAGACGAGCAGGGUUUUUAAGAAGUUGGCAUUUGCACUAGACCAGAGGGGAAAAAAGACAACAGUCAGAUCAGUUCUGCUGGCCAUGACACAAAGUGGAAAUGGGUGUCCCUAAUUAUGGAAAUAAGGAACAAUGCCCAACAUCCAUCAGAAAGCCAGGAGACUGGUUUGGAAGAGGAGCUGAUCCUAAACACUGUGGAAUUCAAAGAAUCCAAGUUCUCCACAGCAGCUGCUUUCACAAACUCAAGAUGUGAAGAUUUAAGGACUGUACCAUCUGGAGUGAUCUUCAGUCUCAGCCAUUUCUUUAGCUCCAACUCUUUAGUUCAUUCUUGGAGCUCCAGAAGUGCAGAGCACUUGGACUGUGGGACUUCUGUGCCUCUGUCAAUGAUCACAUACAGAUGGUAUGAAAACACAGAGAUCCAGCGGGUUCCCAUGGCAUUGAGACAAAAUUACGUGGAGUGGAGAAUUCCUUCUGAGAGACUAAAAAACAUGGAGAUGUUAUGGAUGAACGAGGCCAGACUUUCUUCAGAGGAAAAGGCUCUUGUUUAUUUAAAAAGAGCUACAGGAGAUGGAAGGCCUGAGAUAGGCUCAGACCCCCAUGCAACAAGUAAAAAAACCCAAAAACAGUGUGUCUACCCCACAUGCACACUGGGUUCUCCAGGAAGCAUUCCUGUUUUGAGGAACUCAAGUUCCCCAAAAGAGCUCCAAACUCCACCGAACUCCCAUUUUUACAACGCCCUUUGGGUCCAGGAUUGGUGAGUUUUGGAUCCACUUGGUGAUUGGUUUGUUUCUGGCUUUCCUGUUGGUCGAAUGAUUGGUUAGGCCUUUCUCCCAAGCUCCUUCUGCGGUGCUGGUUUCAUUGCGCUGACUCUGUUCCUGGAUGUUAUUCUGCCCCUUUGGACCAUGCCCCCGGUACAUCCUGGACCCUUUAGAACUUGCUAAGAGCAUUGACUAAUCCCCUUAAAACAAUAACUCCCCUUCCCAAGGUUACGAUAGUCAACUCAACCUUAACUCAAUACAAACUGAAUCUCACUUAUAACAACUAUGCUUCUAUUAAAAUAUCAGACACCAAUUUUUUUAUUACAUUGGGCCUAUCCUGGAAAUUCAUGAAUCAGACUCUUGUGAGAGUCAGACACUGUUGAUUUUUCCAGCUCUUCUUGGAGGGAACUGCCAUGUUUCAUCACACUGACCCAGGGUCAAAGAAGAAUAGGACAAAAAAAUGUUCAUAUUCAGCUUCACCUUGGAGAGUCUCAUGGCAAAGGCCUCAUAUUCAAAACUUUAUCUAGAAAGGUGGAUUUAAUAAAGUACCAUAGAAACAGUGAAAUCUAUUUUGAAGUUAUCUUUAAAAUGUCAUGACAUAUUUUUAUUAGUUUGAAAGAUACUUAAAAUUAAGCAUGCAUAUAUAUUUAAAAUAAUUAAAUCUCCAAAAUGAAAAAUUGUUUCUGUCAUUGAAAAUGACGAAUUUUUCCUGUUGUCCAACUGCGCAGACUUGCAUAGUGCCAUUAAAAUAGCCCAAAUGAAAACUUAAAAUGA